UUGGUUGCGGCGUCGCUUCCGUCCGCGGGGACCGGCCGACAUGGCGGCGGCCACCGCAGCCUUCUUCUCCUUCUCCUCCGCCUCCUCCGCCGCGCUGCUGCGCCCGGGCUGGGCGCCCCUGAGGCGGUGGCGAGCCCUCGCUCGCAGCACCAGCAGCUUCCCUAGCAGCGCCGCCAGUGACGAAGCAACUGUUAUCUCAGGGACAAAGCUUGCUCACCAGGUCUUGAAAGAAGUCCGAAGGGACGUGGAAUCCUGGAUAUCCGCUGGGAACCAGAGGCCUCACCUCACUGUCGUCUUAGUGGGAGACAACCCGGCCAGUCACAUCUAUGUCAGGAACAAGAUAAAAGCAGCUGCAGCUGUGGGCAUUUCUAGUGAGAUCAUACUGAGGCCUAAAGACAUUUCACAGGAAGAGCUUCUGGACAUGACAGUAAAACUCAACAGGGAUUCAAGAGUUAGUGGUUUACUAGUUCAGCUACCUCUCCCAGAUCACAUCGACGAGCGGGCGGUCUGCAACGCCAUCGCCCCCGAGAAGGAUGUGGAUGGAUUCCAUAUCAUGAACAUUGGGCGGCUGUGCCUGGAUCAGCCCUCCAUCAUCCCUGCCACUGCUGCUGCCGUCUGGGAAAUCAUCAAACGGACGGGAAUACAAACAUUUGGAAAAAAUGUUCUUGUAGCUGGAAGAUCUAAAAAUGUUGGAAUGCCUAUUGCAAUGCUUUUACAUACUGAUGGAGAACACGAAAGGCCUGGAGGUGAUGCUACAGUGACCAUUACUCACAGAUACACCCCAAAAGAGCAGCUGAAGGUCCACACGCAGCUUGCUGACAUCGUAAUAGUUGCUGCAGGUAUCCCAAAGUUGAUUACAACUGAUAUGGUCAAAGAAGGUGCAGCUGUGAUUGAUGUAGGCAUCAACCAUAUCCAUGAUCCUCUUACAGGAAAAACCAAAUUAGUUGGGGAUGUGGACUUCGAAGCAAUGGGGGCACUGAGUGAAGAGUCAGCUGUUACUGCUUCAUCCCUCAGCACUGACUUAUGGAAUAAUUGGACAAAAAACAACGCUGAAGUAGAUUACACGGAGCAGCCAAAGCUCUUGAAGCUGAUGCAGACCUGCCUUGAGGAACACCACAGCUAUUGUAUCAAUGGGCUCUGUGCCUUCCACAGUGAGCUGAGGAAACCCAUAUGCAAGUGCCUUGCUGGUUAUAAUGGAGAGAGGUGUGAACAUUUAACACUAAAUUCAUAUGCACAUAAUUCUUAUGAGCGCUACAUUGCUGUGGGAAUUGGUGUAGGAAUACUGACCAGUGGAAUACUCGCCAUCAUCUACUGCUAUGUAAGAAAGAGAUGCAGGAAACUGAGAUCCCCCUACAAGGUGUGCGUGGGCGAGACGGCGCUGUGAAGCCCUGGCGCUGGGCACUCACCAGUUUGCCUGCUGAGGAGGAAGGGCCCCGGCCUGCCUGAGGAGACGGACUCCAGGGAACGCCAAGGAGUGUGCCAAGGGAGUCCUGCAGGACUGACAGGCUCUGUGUGCUGUUGAGACUUCCUCUCCUGGGUGAGGGUGGCUCGUGCUCAGGUCCCAGCAGCUGAGGACACUGGCAGGCCUCUCAGCACCCUGCUGUGCCUGGUCUUCACCGUGGGGAGGACUGGUUGGUUUAGGUGUGUUCAGUCAUUUCAAAUGCUCGUGCAGUGUUCUGUUUGGUCUUUUGUGUUUUGUUUGGUUUUGUUUUCUUCUUUCUCCUCUGGAGGAUAAGCACCACAUAAGCGCCAUCUCCCUCACAGUGUAUCUGUGUUCUGGACAUCAUGCACUGACCACAAAUCAUUUGGCUUCUGAUUUUGGUAUCUGCUGGCUGUGUGUGUGGAUAAGCAGCCCUUCCCUGACCUUUGGUAUGCUGAGCCAAGUAUGGGCUUCUGGUUCCAUAAAGGACAAAAAAUGCUGUGGACUGAGGAAAAUGCCUGGUUCUCAAAACCUUCCUUAAAUUAGAAUAUAGAGAGUAGGCAAUUCCUGGAAAAUUAGACCAUGAUACCUCCAGGCAUGGCAUGUUCUUAUUGUUUUCAUAAGCAAAGCAACCAGAUGCCUUUCUCAAAAUGGAUUAUGGAAUGUGCUUGUGAUAAAGAAGACUCUUCUUCUCAAACAUCCUGUAGCAGCUCCUCACUUCCAUGGAAUUUCAGGCAGAAUGUUGCCUUGCUGCACCCUGAUUUCUGCACAAAACUUGAAUUACUAGAGAAGCUGGAACACCUUUUCCCAGGAAACAGACUUUCUCUAUUCCAUUUGCACAUUAUGGGCACAGUGUGACCACUCAAAUAAGAGACAUUAUUUCAGGGAUUCAGUUCCACCCUGGACUAACAGAUUCCAUAUCGGAUGUUUGGUUCUAUUCAUCUUAUCUACAAAGAAUUGGGAAGGUACGAAGAUUCGGUUCAAGGAAGAGGGAAGAAAAUUGCUUCUGAAGAUGGUGGCACUAACUUCUCACUGACAGCUGGAGUGUUUGCCAGUGCUGAUGUGACUAGAGAUGGCUCUCAGACUUUCAUUUCAGCUGUUGCACACUGUAGACUCAUCUGCUGUGCUCAGCCAUCUACCAGAGAAAAGGCAGUUGUACUUUGAGAUCUUGUGGAGUAAUAUUGGCUCCUCAAUUCAGACGCCCUGCUGAAAGUACAGUUUUUUUAUGUGAGUCAAUUUUCACAACAAGGAUGCAUGUUGUUUGCUGGAAAACCUGUGUAUUGUGGUGACAAUGCCAAAAUGUGUAUGAAAGGUGGGGUUUGAAAGGGUAAAGGUGCAUAUGGCUCUUGAAUGGCCUGUACUUCAGCGAGCUUCUCAUGUGGGGAUCCUGAUCAGUAGCUGAGCCAUCUUGGCUUUGUGAUGCCAGUAAAUAAAACAGCACAUCACACA